GCAUCUCUGUAGUCAUUUGGUUCAGUUGGUUUCUCAAUUAACAAAGUUAGUUUGCCUUCCCAGAUAUGGCAGAGAAAGAGAGUCUGUUUUCAUCAGGUGAUUGGAGGAGAGUAUCAACUUGCACUUUCUUUAAGGAUGCCAGGCUAGUUUUUAAAUCAGAUAGUCUUGGUCGCGAAAUAUUGUCCAUUGCAUUGCCUGCAGCAAUGGCUUUGACAGCUGACCCUAUUGCUUCACUAGUUGACACCGCUUUCAUUGGCCAAAUAGGUCUAGUGGAGCUUGCUGCUGUAGGAGUUUCCAUAGCUCUCUUUAAUCAAGUAUCAAGGAUUGCGAUAUUCCCACUCGUCAGUGUGACAACCUCUUUUGUGGCUGAGGAAGAUGCCCUCGGUGGAGCACGCUUCCAGGAGGAGGAGAGUAGAGAAUUGGAAGCGGGUCUGAAAAUGGAUAAUGAUGCCAUAAAGUUAUUACAAAAAAAGGAUGAAAGUUUUCACAAUUCAGAUUCGGCCGGCGAAAACUUCAAUAUUGUUAAGGAGGAACGUACGAAGCGGCAUAUCCCUUCAGCUUCAUCAGCAUUAUUUUUUGGUGGUAUCCUAGGCAUCAUCGAAGCAGUAUUACUUAUAUCUGCAGCAAAACCAUUAUUGAACUUCAUGGGAGUAACUUCUGACUCUCCUAUGCUACACCCUGCACAGCGGUAUCUAACAUUGCGGUCCCUUGGCGCUCCUGCAGUUCUUCUCUCGUUGGCAAUGCAGGGAGUCUUUAGAGGAUUUAAAGACACUACAACUCCUUUAUAUGCAACAGUUGCAGGAGAUGUGACCAACAUAGCACUGGAUCCUCUAUUCAUGUUUGUGUUCCGAAUGGGUGUCAGUGGCGCAGCCGUUGCCCAUGUCAUAUCUCAGUACCUAAUUUCAGUUAUACUCUUGUGGAAGUUGAUGGAACAAGUUGAUCUUAUACCUCCAAGCAUCAAACAUUUGCAAUUUGACCGAUUUGUUAAAAAUGGUUUUCUAUUAUUAAUGAGAGUCAUUGCUGUUACAUUCUGCGUGACACUGGCCGCAUCCCUAGCUGCACGCCAGGGAGCAACAUCGAUGGCUGCAUUUCAAGUUUGUCUGCAGAUUUGGUUGACAGUGUCUCUUCUUGCCGAUGGUCUGGCUGUUGCUGGGCAGGCUAUUCUUGCUGGAGCAUUUGCUAAUAAUGACUAUGAAAAGGCCACGGCAACUGCAUCCCGAGUAUUACAGAUGGGUGUGGUUCUAGGAUUAGCACUUGCUUUCAUUCUUGGAACAGGAUUGCACUUUGGAGCUAAACUAUUUACAAAAGAUGUUGAUGUCCUCCACCUCAUUAGAGUUGGGGUCCCGGUAAUUUAUUCAUGUUCAAAUUGAAAGUGAUAU